AGAAUGGUGGGGAUUAUAAUUUUUGACCAUUGGUGUAGAAUAAAAAUGACCAAAAAAAUGCCCAUGGGGAGGAGGAGUGAGAAAGUGGUUAGAGAGAGAUUGGGCAACCAAAAAAAUGCCCAUUAGUGGCAAUCUUUAGAGAGAGACAAAAAGUGGUUAGAGAGAGACAAAAAGUGGUGCACAAAUGGCAAGAAAAAGGAAAAAAAACGUUUCAAAUAAAAAAUAAGGACAACAUUAUAAUUCGACCGUUGAAACAUUUUCAACCCACUAAUAAAAAUAAGAUUUAUUAUAUACUUUUAUCAUUUGCAACCCCAAAAUUAAACAUCAGAUUAAGGUACUCUUCCUUUCUUCAAAAUCCCUCUCUAAAAUGGCAAAAUCAUCAGAAGCAAUGCCUCUUAAAGAACUAAACACAACUACACUUGGUUUUGAAUCGCCGCCUUCUCUGAAACAUUACCAAAAAAUUGAAGGUACACAAAAUUCUGCAAAGAAAAAUGAAGACACCCAGAACUCUAUGCAGAAAACUGAAUAUGUACAAAACUUAAGAAACUAUACUGAUGACAGCUGCAAGUGCAAAGUUUCAACGGGUUUAGGCACACCGGAUCGCCUUAAACUCCCGAAACCAUUCAAGUACCCUGAAAGGUACACCAGUCCAACAGACAAUAUAUUGUCUCCUAUAUCUAAAGGUCUCCUUGGUCGAAAAAGCCGAAGAGGCGGCGCACUCUUGCCACCCUCCAUCAUUCGGUCUAAGAUUCAAGAACUGCGAUCUCCUGAUGUAGAGCAGUGUCAAUUGAACAUGAAACAAUAAAUAUAUCUAGUAUCAAAGGAACACUCUGCUGUUCGAGUUCGGGGCCUGUUGAAAAAUUACUUGUACAAACCUUGUAUUUGUACUAGUUCUUUGUGUAAUUUUAUUUUACUUCUUUUCAUAA